CCGCCCGCGCAGACCCGGAGCGCGGCCGCGGACGAAGAUGGCGACCGCCAUGUACUUGGAGCACUACCUGGACAGUAUCGAGAACCUUCCCUGUGAGCUUCAGAGGAACUUCCAGCUGAUGCGAGAGCUGGACCAGAGGACAGAAGAUAAGAAAGCUGAGAUUGACAUCCUGGCCGCGGAGUACAUCUCCACCGUGAAGACGCUUUCCUCGGACCAGCGUGUGGAGCGCCUGCAGAAGAUCCAAAGCGCCUACAACCAGUGCAAGGAGUACAGCGACGACAAGGUGCAGCUGGCCAUGCAGACCUACGAGAUGGUGGACAAGCACAUCCGGAGGCUGGAUGCAGACCUGGCUCGCUUUGAGGCGGACCUGAAGGACAAGCUGGAGGGCAGCGACUUUGAGAGCGCUGGAGGACGGGGGCUAAAAAAAGGUCGAGGUCAGAAAGAAAAGAGGGGCUCCAGGGGUCGCGGCAGGAGGACGUCAGAAGAUGACACCCCAAAGAAGAAGAAGCAUAAAGGAGGGUCGGAGUUCACCGACACCAUCCUGUCUGUGCACCCCUCCGAUGUGCUGGACAUGCCCGUGGACCCGAAUGAGCCCACCUACUGCCUGUGCCACCAGGUGUCCUACGGGGAGAUGAUCGGCUGCGACAACCCAGACUGCCCCAUCGAGUGGUUUCACUUUGCCUGUGUGGAUCUGACCACGAAGCCCAAAGGAAAAUGGUUCUGUCCGCGCUGUGUUCAGGAGAGGAGGAAGAAGAAGUAAGGCUGGGCGGACACUGGACCGGAAGAGCGAGUUGACGGAUUCCCUCGUUCAUGUUGCAAUGUUUUACAUUCAUUUUAAAACUACCUUGUUCCCGACGAUAUUUAAUAACUCAACGGCCAGUUGUCAUUCUGGAUGUUUCCUCGAACAGACGAGACGCCACCUGAGCCCUGUUGCACAGAGAAGCAGUCUUAGGGGACUUGCCUCAGCGACUGAUCUCGUGACUUUCGCACAGACCCCGGGCCCUGCGCGUGGUGGCCAGCCGCCGGCCCCGGGCUCCAUGGGUGCGUGGCUGGGGCGCUGCCGUCACAUUGCAUCUGGAGCCGUGAGCCCUGGCGUCCGGCUGGCUUCCUGGGGCGGCUCGCCGAGGCCCCGGUGGCCACCGCGGGCACCUCUGAGCCUUGCUGGGAGCCCAGGACGCGCCUGGAAGCGCCAGCUCUUCCCAGGGGCUCCGCCUCGCUGUGUACUGCCUUCGCGUUUGAACUGCCUGUUCCCUCUGUGAGGGGUUUUCUUUCCGGAGUAAACGACUCUCCACUAGCAAACGGGCUGUCGGUGCCGUGACCGGUAUGGAUAAGAGACGGCCCAGCGGAAGGGCCGAUGGUCCAUUUCUCCGGGAAUUCUGACUGUACUGUGAAGAUGAGUUGUGGUAGCAUGAAGAUGGUGGUCUGUGUGAGUAUGAGGUGAGCCCAGGUGCCGGGAGCUGGCCUGAGACCUGCUGACUCGCACGGCAGGCCAGCCGCUUAGACUGGGGAGUGACAGUUAUGUGAUGUGAUUUCUGAGCCUCCCGUGCUGCAGGAGCAGUUCUGGGUGAAGCGAGGAAACCUGCAUGUCUUUCCUCCCAAAUCGGCACAUGGUCUUGAACGCGCCUUGCUGGUCACAGUAGGGGUGGUCCAGGCGUGGACGCCUCACGUGGCUUCUGCAGGCGCCCUCUCCCCUGAGGCCGUCCAGGCGCGCAUUUGGAAGGCGGCAGGCACAGCGGCUCUGCCUCAGGCCCGGAGUCCGCGACACAGACUGGAGGCCCAGCUUCCCGGCGUGGACGAAGUGCGUCCUGUCUGUGAGGAGGGCCAUCGACAGGAACCCACCUGCUUCCCCCUGACAGCCGCCCAUCCUGUGCGCUCCCAAGAGAGGAGACGGUGGGCAGGAGCUGCAGAGGCUGCGUCCUGUGGGGCCGCUGCCCACGGGUCAGCUACCGUCCGGCAGGCAACGGGGGGCUGCCCUGGGUCCGCAUCCGAGCGCCCUGUCUGACCCUGUCCUCGCCAGAGGGAGCUGGGAGACUGCAGGCGGUCUGUGCAGCAUGCGGCCCCUGGGGCUCCCGUGGGCCGGUGCGGGGUCUGGCCGCGGCUGCCCCUCGGCCCCAGGCUCAUCCAGGCCAUGCGGCGUUCCUGAGGAAGGGGCCGCUGGCACCCUCAGCCUCUGCCUCAGCCAGAAACCCUGGGGGGCUGGUGUUUAGCGACUUAGGUUUUUGUCAGCACGGAUGUUUAAAGACUAUGGGGAGUAAACUGUGGGAAGGCUCUCGCUUUCCACUCCUUUAUGCGUUUUCGUGGAGAAGAUAGGUAAGUACAGUACGUUUGUGGUGAUUCCUCACAAGCUCAUUUCAUCUUCGACCCGUUCACAGCACUGUUCCCACGGGAGGGGGGAUUUGUGGACGCAGCUGGACGGCGGUCCUGAGCCUCAGCGGGGUGCCCGCCGCCCCGGCUGUUCCCCAGGAGGGUGACUGGCUUCCCUGCCGGAAGCUUUUGUUUAAAGUUGGAUGGUGUCACCCUGCUUGUCACCGGUAACAUGCCAUCCAUGGACCUUUUUUGCAAAGUUUCUGUGCUUAUAUGUUUCCAGCGUUUACUUUUGCUGGUUACAGUAAUAUCACCGAAAUAACAUGCACGUAGCUUUGGAGAAAACGGAAAACACGCGCAGAACAGAGAGCAUCCCUGGAACGUGUUUGGGCCCUGGCCGAAUGCCUCCUGACCAUGCCGCUGCCCGCGAGGCGGAAGACGCUGGGGAGGCCCUGUGGCCGGGAGCGCCCGGCCCGCGGGGUCAGCGGGAGCCCGCGCUGCUCGCCCCUCACCUGCCACCCCCAUCAGGAUGAGACGUUUGCUGGUCUCGGGCACUGGCACCGGGGGCAGGUGGCCACUGCUGUGGCAUUCCUGAGCCAGCGAGGGUGCGGGCCCCCAGGGUCCUCCGGGUCUGCCUGUGCGGGAAGGGGCUUCUCGUGUGGAGAAGGGGCGCCGCCCGUUGCCACUGGUGCUCGUACCCGUCAGCAGUGGUUGGAACAUCCUUGUUUUCCUGCAGGAGAGCACGCGCUGCGCUAGUAGGGGCAGGUGUUAAGCUGCGCCCCCACCUCUGCGGCGGAGUUCGAGGGGCUCGCGGCUGGCACACGAGGCCUGUGACCGUUCCUGCCGCGGGUUGGGCCCUUGAGCAGGCGGACGCAACCCUGGUGCUGUCGGGGCCUCCUGAGCCGGGGGGCCUCCUGAGCCGGGCGGCCCCCAUCUACCCCGAGGCGGCAGCCGCCUGGACGCAGCCCCUGGGCAGUUGCAGGGGUGUGUGGAACACUGGCCAGCCGUGUGUCAGUCCUGCCUCCUGUCCCGUCACCGGCAGCCCUUGGCGAGGACUGCUUCGAGCAAUAACACUGUCCAAAGAGCAGCUUCCCCGUGUGCCCACAGCCAGGGACUGCCCUGUGCGGGGCUGGCACGCUUAGGGUUUCAGGCUUUCCUCAGCUUUUUGUGAACGGUGAGGUUGAUCUUCAUUACCUGUGCCGAGAGGAAUUUUAAAAUGGGAAGUCUAAGAAAAGCGUUCUCAUUCAGGAGAGAGUUCUGUGAAGUGUCCUCCCCGCUAGUAUGUAUUUGUGGUGUUCAUCUUACCACAUCUCAUCCAAAAAGACGAUGCAGCUUUAACCUGAAUGUCACAUUGUGUUUUCAAGGAAUUGUU